AUGCCAGAAUCUCAGAGAAAUCAAAUUAAAGAUGAAAUGAUGGGUGCUUUGGAUUCUUACCUCUCAAAGGACUUCUUUUAUCUGUGGGAAAAACAUGUUUCUCCAAUGUUAAGAUCUAGUGAUCCAGAGACCAUCAAAUUGGAAUUCUUUAUUAGACUUUAUUUUGCCACAGUUCCAUUUAGACACAAUGAUAAACAAGAACAACGCAAAUAUGCAGUGGAAUUUAAACAAUAUUUGGAUAUGAAAGGAGCUAUCUUGUCAACAUUUUUUGAUUUACUCCCAUAUUAUGCCUUUCCUUACAUGCCAGAUCCAUCUAGCCAUCCUUCUUUUGCUUCAAUGUACCAAGACAAAUGGAAGCAAGAUUUAUUUGAUAAGGUUAAGAGCUAUCUCGAUGUCACCUUUUCAAGAAGUAUUGAACAACCAUAUCUCCAUUCAAUUGUUAAUAAUAUUAACACAACAAGUUCUAUUAAUGUUGCAAACUCCAUUGCUGGGUUAGGUAAUAACGACAAACAAGGUUUGGAACAAUAUAAAAAAGAAAUGGGAAGCUACAUGGACAUCGUUCAAGAAAAAUAUAGAGAAUUAUAUGGAUUGAGUGGAGAUUUAUUGAAAGCAAUUUCAGGAGUUAUGAAAGGGAAGAAGCUCAAUAAGCAAUUUUUGGCUGUAGUCCAAGACAAUCUGAGCUCUCUUCAUAUUGAUGAAAUUCUUCCUUCAAUGAUUCCACGUAAUGAUCAUAUUGAGGAUCAUUCAGCAACAUUCGUUUCUCUAGAUUACCAAAAAUUAAAGUUAUUCUUACUCAAAGAAACAAACAACCCAAUGAUACCAUAUGUAUUACAGGCUCUUAGAUGGAGAAUUUCAAAAUCACAAAAUACUAGAACAAAGAUUAACACCUUAAAGACAAUGAUUUACUAUGAUUUGUUUGGAAUUGUAAACAAUGAGAAGAAAAUCUUACAAGCUUUGCUUUUUUCAAAGGAUGAAAUGGUUGUGGAAUAUACAUUGAGGUUAAUUAAUAUUUUCUCUACUGAGAAUGUUGGUGUGGUUUAUUUGACAAAAGAUUUAACUCAAAAUACCAUCAUUAUGGAUUUAAUUCAAAUUUUGGAAUUGGAGCGCUCUGACUCAAUUAUCAGACAAAAUGUUGUCUCCAUUCUUCAAAAACUAAGCGUGAAAUCAAAGCCUCAACAACAAAUGGUCAAUAAUGAUUUAAUUGAUAUAGUGUGCAAAAUUUUAUCCAAUCCUGAAAAUUGUGGAGAUUUCACAACUGAGUAUGGUGUUUCACUAUUGAUGAAUUUAUGUCUAGGAAAGGUGUCAAUUAGAGCCUGUGAACGAUCAGAUAUUAUACCUGUGUUGAUGGAUUUAAUUCAACACGAAAGUCCACAAGUAAGAACUUACGUCCAUGGAACACUUUACAGUGUGCUUAGUUUUUCAAAUGUCCUUAAACAACAGGCAAGAGAUCAUGGUUUGGAGGAUAAACUUAAAAUUAUCAGAAAAAUGUCAGAAGAUGAGCUUUCCAAACAAAUUGCAUAUAUUCAAGAUGUGCUGUCAAAGGAAGAGACAAGUGAUGAGGAUAGUAAUUUUGAUGAGGAUGACGAGGAAGAUCUCAAUGCUCUCCUUAUGCAGGAUGUAGAAACAGACGAAAUGGUGGAUGGAGAACUAGAGGAAGAAAGCUUGAGUUGGACUGAAGAUCAACAGAUAGGAGAAGAGUUAUUGUGCAACUUCUUAGCAUCAAACGAGCAAGCAGUUGAAGAAAGAGAAUUAUUGAGAUCAGCAAAAAUUGAAUAA